AACCCAGCCGUGCGAGAAGAUGCCAUCGGCGGCGACCCGAUGGGGCGUGACGCGCCCCGCCGCCGUGUCCGCAGGAACUGCGCUUCGGAAGCGACCGCGGUCGGGGCCACGCUCGACCCUUGCCCUCGCUUUACUUCCGUGGGCCGCACACGGGCACGCUGCUCUCAGUGCAAACUUGACGCAAAGCUCGCCCCAGCGACUGCCGCCUCAGUAGCUCUGUGACGCACCUUCGACUACGGCGCGACUAACUGCGGGCCUGCCGGAGAAAGUGAAAUUUCGUACUUACCUGCUGAUUGGAACUGGAAAUCAGAAAGAGGGGAACCGUCGGAGAUGAAGUCAAUACUGCUCCUUUUCCUGCUGGCUGGUUGGGCAAGCGCUAUGCCCAACCGAAAGGUCCCGCCGGUCGCCACCGAAACCACGCCCCCCAUCGCUGCUGAUCGCCGCCAGCAGCAACCUCCGCAACCGAGCAAACGAGGCCUGGACGCUGCUGCUGCGAGAAAAAGCCAGCCGAGCCGUUCCCUCGAAGCGCCCUUCGUGCUCGUCAACGGCACCGACACUACGGCCGACCGCAUCUGCCUGGUGCUGCACAGCAUGGGCGAGCAGGCGCGCCGGGGCCUGAUGCAGCAGCUGACGAGGGCCACGUACGCGGCACCCAGGAGCCGCGAGGAGGACGAGUUCGCGGGACAAAUCCAGGAGCAGUGGGACGCUUUCGUCGCCAAGGUCAAGCAGGUGGCGCGCAGCACGUGGGAGAACCUGGCCAGGCGCAUGGCUUCGUCUCUUGAACAGCUGGCCACUCGAUGAACGCCCUACUCUGCGCGCACAGCGCCGAUGGUGCUGUCACGUGACUUUUGGUUGGCGCCCUGACAGUUUCGGAGGGCGCGCGAGCCGCAAUCACUCAUCGACGCGUGCAGUCGCCGUGCGUCGACCGGAGCGUUUUUUUUUCUCCUUAUUCUAAAUAACUGGGGCUGUCGUUGGACUACCCUUAGUCCUCAUAGUGAAUGCUUGUGGAUGGCGAUCAGCCCGGGGAAGCGUUCCCAAGAGCGAACAGGCUCUUGAAUCCAGGUUUCAUAUUUCUGUCGCUGUACACCAUUCUUUACCAGCGCCUGUCCAAGCAAUGGCUGUUCAAUACAUCUGCUGCCGACGCGUGGUGCAAAGGAGACCACGGCACGUAUUAACAAAAAGUUCUUAAGCUAGAAGUGUUUGUAAAAGCGAAUCCCCGCAAAUCCUGACGCUGAACGAAUUAUUAGCGAACACUGCUUUCCAAUAGAAAAAAGCACUUACGAAUGAAGAGCUUUGUGAGUUCGUCCCUGAAUCUUUGAAAAUUGAACACAAUGGGAUAUCAUCAGCAAUUACCAAGCAAUGGUCACUGCUGCAUUAUUUGAACCGAUAAGGCGGCGGCAGGAUGAUGCCAAACAUUUCGAGUCAGCGCGUACUCAAAGAAACAAACAAGUCUACACUGUCCCGAGCUGCAUCAUAAGGCGUGAAUAUUGUUUGAGAUUGAGAAGUGAAGGUUCUUUCAUACGACUCGCAAGCGAAACAAUUACGGACAGAGAAGAGCCUAUGAGCAAACCCUUAAAGAAAUGUACAGCCAACUGCACUAAUUUGCACUUCCCGAUGUAAAAGCUAUUUUGAAGCGGCAUGUGUUCGUCUGCUCUUUUGACUACACGUUGCAUCACGCGGCUUCCUGUAUCCCACUGGGCCAUUACGACACACGCGCGCGUCCGAUAAAAAGUCUCAUCCGUCUUUCCCCUCCUCUUUUGCGCAUACGGCUAUAUAACGAAACCAAAUAAAGAAACGCAUAUCUUUUCGUGCCCAACUACUAAAGGUGCCGUCUUGAUCAAAUAACCGCGAUGCACUUGCA